AUGGACAAGGGCACAAAGGAUAAACACCAUGAAAAUAUGGGAGAAGAAUGCUUCAAGAGAAACAUGACUGCUCAAAUUUUGAAGAGAAAAAAGAAGUACCUUGGGAGAUCAAAGCACUGUUCCUCUUUUGUUUAUGGACUAAAAAUUCAAUCAUUUGGACUCAAUGGUGUUGAUAUCUUGGAGAAUGUGGCGAAUGCUAGAGCUUAUAACACGGAUCACCAAUCAAGGCUCUUGCUUGAAGCAGCUUCCAUGAUGGUAGAAACAAGGUUUGCUCUCAUGAUAGUAGAUAGUGCGACAGCCCUCUACAGAACAGAUUUCUUAGGAAGAGGAGAACUUUCAGCGCGGCAAAUGCAUCUUGCAAAGUUUCUCCGGAGCCUUCAGAAGUUGGCAGAUGAGUUUGGCGUGGCCGUUGUGAUCACAAAUCAAGUGGUUGCACAAGUGGAUGGUUCUACAAUCUUUGCCGGUCCUCAAAUUAAGCCUAUCGGUGGUAACAUCAUGGCUCAUGCUUCCACCACAAGGUUUGUAAUGCUAAAUGCUUUCACCUUCCUCCCAAACGGAACUGUUCUCACGUCAGCAAUGAGCGUUACUCAUCAUUUGUUCCUUCUUACGACAGGCUUGCUGUCCGGAAAGGAAGCGGCGAAGAGCGCAUCUGUAACGUGA